GCAAAGUCUUUGAUGUUCAAGAAGUUGAUUACACUUCCCCAAAAAAUUGGGGGGGUGGUAUGUAUACUUUAUACUUUUUACUUUAUAUACUUUAGAUAGGACAAGUUCUGUGAGUUCUGUUUGCAGAACUUGCAGAUUUUCUAAAUCACUGAGAUGAAAAAAAAAUCAAUGCCAUGUCUUAUUUGAUUGUAUUCUCUGACAUCUUACCUCCAUGAUGGUGGACCUGCUUAGUAAAGAGACAGUAGGGUAACCUCUACCUGAGCAGAGAAUGAACUCACUCCGCGCGUGUGUGUGUGUGUGUGUUGUAAUCCGAGCUUCUCUGCGUUUCGGCAGCCAGGUGCCCGUGCACGUGAGUGCACGUGAGUCCCUCCCUUUGACUCAGAAAGUGAGCGAUGGCAGAAAGCAGUUGAAAGCAUUGAGCCGAGGGCAACCUUCCACACUCUCCACCACGCUCAUCUCAGAGGGCCACAAGCACCUUUAGAUUAUCUUUUUCUUUUGUUUGUGUAAAAAGGUCAUUUAGAAAGUCGACAACAUCACAAUAUGUCGUGUGUAGUUUAGUUUAGUGUGAAACCGCUCAGUGAACUACGUCCCGUCUCUCACCUUCGCUUGUCCAGGCACAGACGUAACAUUUUCCGUUGCUUUAUGGCCAUUAACUGUAUUCGUUCACCCUCAUAAUUCUCAUAGGCAUUGUUUUGGGUUUCAAAACCUCUAAAAAAUGCCGUCUGUCUUUCAAUUGACUCAAGAAAAGCCAAACAUGUCUCAAAUACUUUUUCCAAAUUUCAAUUCAGUUAGUGACAAAGCUUCCGUAAACUGUAGCUGUUCAUUUAAUUACAUGUACUACAAGGACUUCCCAGCAGUGUGGAUGAUUCCAUUAACAGUUCCUCACUAUGGGGAGCCACCAAGUCUGGUCCCAACCAUUAACAGCAGCUGUCUCCAGCUCUCUGCCAUCAACACUCAUUGUGUAUCAAACAUGCCAACUCUAAUCCCAUCUACAGUAUAUCACGUGUAUCAAAAAGAUUCCUAGGCCAAUGGGCCAGUUGUAUGUGUCAUUAAUGCAUAAAAAAAUACUAAAAGACUUGUAGUACACCACGCCAGAUGGACAGAAGCUAUCUUUUCAUUUCUCUGUUUUUCAAGUAUUUACAAUAAUUUAUGUUCAUGUCUGGAUCAAACCAGCCAUGUUGAGGGCCGAUGUCUCUUUGUGCUGCAAUAUGAACUACUGAGGUGCCCUUACAUGUCAGUUUUAUUAAACAGCAUUCUGCUUGGACCUUCUGAUACCAGCCAGCCUUUCUGUACCACCAAUGAGUUUGUACUAACAGACAAAAACAAUUUUGUUCAAGUUUACAAAUUCUUGCAAAAGCAUAAAAGAGAGUUCAGAAUCCAUCAACUGCCUUGUUGUGAAAAAUGUAGUUUUUUUGACUUAAAGGACAGGUUCCCAAUUUUUCAGGGAAUUACAGGAUCGCAUAACAGACAAAAAUGAUGCUUUGAGUAAUGUGUUUGCUGCGAUCGUCGUCUUGUUAGGAGCUACCGGAGCCUUUGGCGUGCUUCAGGUGUGUGAGGGACAACGUGGCGACUCCCAAAGAGGUUAGAAACAGAUGCUGAAAAGCGUCAGUUCGAUCACAACUGGAGAGCAUUUCUUUAUUGAAGCGAUUGACUCAUUGGUUCGUUCAAUUAUCACUUACCGGUAUGUAUUUUUGAAAGCGCUGAACGGUUCAAAAGAGUUUCCAAUGACGGCGUCUCAGGUGGUUUUGAGGAACAAAGCAUCUGCAGGUCAGUUUGUUCCCUUUUAUCGCCUCUUUACAGGGUUUUGCUUUGGGAUUUUUCAUACGUUCUGUAUUUGCAGCGUGUUUCCAUAUAUUUUGGAUCGUGGUACGUGAUUUUGACUUAUAGUUACAUAAAGCGGCGACACAUUUCUCCGAAUGGAAAGGUUGUGUGUGUUUGAACCUGCUGUAACAGCAGUGGACGGCAAAUGCAGAAACGCUUGAGAGGGACGAUGACCGCGGCAACGUCAUGUCUGUUUUAUCCCACACGCGUGUGGCUGUAGUUCAUUUGACUCCAGCUACAUGUUGUCGCAGUUCAUUCAUUCCAAACAACAGCCGUGUCAGACUCUCCCGUCGGUUCAGGCAGGUGGCAAAAGACAACUGCAGGCUGCGCGCAGUGAAACGCAUGCCAUCGGGGUAACCUUCCAGGAGCAGCACCAUGUCAUCACAGCUGCGUAUUUGUGUGUGUGUGUUUGUGUGACACCGGGGCUCAAGGCCCCCUCCAGCGCCUCUAUGAGACGUGACGGGCCGCCAGCCAUCUGCAGCAGCAUCAUUAUUAGACCCUCAGAGCGGAGAAGUAUCAUCAAGAGCGAGAAAGCCUGCUAAGAGUGGUAGACUGAGGGAAGAGAGACACGCGUUUCGUGGAAUGGUCCAACAAAGGACUUUCACUCGCCGUUACCUACCCAAGUGGUUCUGAACCGGGUCACGUCCGUUUGACACAGCGUCAAAGACUCGCUAACCUCCCAAGUCAAAACCCAGAUGACCCCAUGCGGCCUGUGGCAAAGUGUGAAUGGAAGGGACGAUGUUAUGUUGAGGUCUGUGUGUGUCUGUGCGUGUGCGUCACGGUGCCACCUGACGAUCUCGCCUGCCAGAAAAGCCGCGGGGGUUCAUGUGUCAAAAGACUGUGCCACAAGAUGCACGACCACAUCAGAGAACAUUCCCCUCGUGGUGUCAACAGCUCAUGACAUAAUGCCCGUGACCUUUUUGUGAAGUGAAUAAAUAACUAUUUGCAUGUGUCACCAUGACAGCACUUGUGUCAAAGUGAAAUGAUCUCCUUUCUUCCUCCUCCUUUUAAUAUGCUUGGACAACUUACCUGAGCUGUUCAUGCCUCCACCACCAGACAUCAACCCCCCCCUCAAAUACAAACAUAUAGACAGAGCCAUUGUUUGACAUAUCUAACAUCCACCGAGAGGUCAAAGGCAGUGUGUCUCUGCAGCGAGCGCCCAAGCAAAGUGCCAGUGAUUUGAAUACGGAAACCACUACGGUCCAAUCACAACGUCCCCCCAAGCCCCCGAGGCCCGACCCCUCAGGGACUUCGCUGACGUCUCCGGGUUCAGUGGGAGAGUCGGCGAGGGCUUUAGAUGCUGUAAACAUGAACAGGUCAGCACUUUGCUGCCACACGGCACGUCACCACGACAACGGCAAAAAAUAUCAGUUACAAUGGGGGACACAAAACGCCGUCCAGCUACGUCCCACCUCCCCGCUGAGACCACACUGGCCUAAACUCAGUGACGUCGCUGUGAGACGGAGCUGGUCCCUCAGACAGACGUCUCACACAAAAGCACCAGGCUUUUGUCUCCUCAGCCACAAACACGAGGGGGUUGUUAUUUGCAGCAGAGGCUCCAGAGGAUCGAUCAUGAUGGACCACUUGUGGACCACCUGUUUUCCUCUCAGCUUUCAUCCGCAUGCUUUCUUGUGGAACUGUGGAACUAUUGCCAUGUUUGUUUAGGAGCUACUUGUUUUUGUUUUUAUUGUCUUAUUUCUUGUCCUCUGAAGUAAUGUAAAACUUUUGUUUGGGACAUUUAGAGUAAAAAAGACUCCCAGGUCAGCUGUCGGGCAGAAGCGCGUGCGUUGAAUGGAAGCUACAUAGAGGAGUUGGGAGGAGGGAGCUGCCACGUUAGGGGACAACGCUAGUGAUCAUUGACUUUUGUCCCAACAGCACCAUCAGAAAUCAGGCGGGUCAGCUCCUCCGGCAGCAACAGUCGACCACAGUUGCCACAUUCCUCAGAGAGCAUGUUUCUGUGGGCAGGAAGGAAAGCAACCGAUGGAAGAAGUGAGCACAGAUCCAUCUACCAGAACAUUCGUGAAUAUGACGUCCUGGACAGGAAGAAGACGGAGACCGCUCUGAGGGCGGGGGAGGACCGAGCCAUACUGUUGGGCCUCAGCAUGGUCGUCUUGUCGGUCAUGAUGUACUUUGUCCUGGGAAUCACCAUACUGCGCGCUUACUCAGACCGCGUGUGGACGGACGAAACUAGCUGCACCGUUGUGAAUUCCACCAUCGUGUGCGAUGUAAGCUGUUCGUACAGCUGUGGAGCAGAGUGCCGGAGGAGUUCCCGUUACCCCUGUCUGCAGGUCUUCGUGAGCCUCAACUCCUCAGGAAAGGUGAUGCGAUUGUUGCACGACGAGGAGACGCAGGACGGCGAUCCAGAGUGCUUUUACAUCCCAAAGUGCCAUAAGGACUAUGCAGCCACGCACGCUGUCGUUCAGAACAUUUCUGAGCGUCUCAGGUCUCAGCGCACAGUUACGUGUUUUGUGGACCCCACGGACAGGACGGACAGCGCCAUCCUGACGCAGAUCUACGGCCGGGUUGCGGUCUUCCACUCCCUGUUCUGGCCAACCUGCACCUUGAUUGGAGGAACCAUCAUCAUUGCCAUGGUGAAGCUGACCCAGUACCUGUCAAUCAUGUGCGAGCGAGUAAGCCGCGCUAAGAGGUGACGUGUAGGACGGCAGUGAGUUCAAAAGGGAGCUCCUGACAUGUGGACAUGGGGACAACUGAAGCAGCUUCAGGGGAACAAGACUGAAGGACACAGAGGGGAAGUCCUGGGGAGAGAAGUGGUCACUCUGACAGCUGGAGUGUGGGAUUCAAACAUAUUUAUCAGUGACAAUCGAAAAGCUGAUAGAAAGUAAAUACAUUUUUGAGACAGGCUGGAAAUUGAAGAUAAACUGGCCCUGCUUUGCAACUCGACACGAAUUAGCCCAGUCGUGCAUUUUCAGACUGUUUGCCAGACAGAAGCUUUGAGUGACUUUGUACAUAUGAGACAUAAUGUUUGUAACAACUCUGCGUUAUGUAGCUUUCCAACUCUGUUUUUUAUUUGACGUUUCUGUGUUUACUUAUCAAGACAAAGUUUGAUGUUAAACUGCAAUUUCCAAGCGCACUUUAAGCUACCUCGGUCCUCAUUAGGCCCACCGUGGGAUGUGCAGGUCCUACGUGGAAGAGAUUUACCAACCACUGCUGUGGUAUUUAACGUUCCUGUACUAAGUGCACAAAGUGACCAAUUUUCUGCUCCCCCCGACUCCCCCCGCUCACUUAGCACAUUCGGUAACAUCUUUGAUGACCUCCUCUCAUGCUGAAGGCCGGAGGAUACGUUAGUAUUAGCCUUUCAGACAUUAUUGUGCAUACAGUAAAUCGUCCAGCGCAAUUAAGGAAAUGGCCUCUGGAAAGCAAAAUUAAGCCUAUUUUCUAAAAGUAGGCUUAACAAGGUUUACUCACAGCUUCUGUCAGGGAUGUGUGAAGGAGGCAGGACUCAAACGCAGACUUCUCAAAGCAAUAGACUUUAAUAGGCAAAAGCAAAAGGCCAAGGGGCAAAAAUACACAGGAACCAGGGGAA